AUGAGCAAGCACAGUAUGAACGGUCUGCAACUGUCAGUGAACAGCGUUGUGAACGUUCUCAUAAAAAAGCACGACUCCCGUGGCCUCAGUUUGAAGGAGAUCAAGCAGGAACUGGUUAAGAGAAAAGAACUUCCGCUCAACGCCACGGAUAGCGUUCUCCGCAGCGCCAUCCGAAGAGGCAUCCGGACGCGCCGGAUCAAAAAGGUUCGGUUUCAACCGGAUAACCGAAAUCGGAGCGGCAGCGGCUGCCAGUUCCACAAGCCGGAUCUUCCUUUUCAUCGUAGCCAAAAAAGUGGCGGCCAGGACGCGUCGAAGGAACAAGAGCCGACUCGACACCGGAGUCGAUCCAGGGGGCAGCACCAACAUCGCCACCGGGUCUCUUCCUCUCCUUCAAGUGUAGCGUCCCUUGACGACCGCCAUCACCAAGGACACCAAAAAUGGCCGCGAUCCGAAUCUCGUCGCGAGAUUAUGCUCCAAUCUCGGUCUCACCGGCUCCAUAUGAAUCGAUCCCGAGAGGCCGGGAGCGGAAAGCAUCGAAGACGACGGGAGUCCAGCGGCAGUCGCAACCACAGCAAUAGCAGCCGGUUCUCGCGCUGA